AUAAACAGCGCGCGAGCCGCAGCGCGCUGUCAAACGGAGCGCAGAGCGCAGAGCGGAGCGCAGCACAGGGAAGGGGCCAGGCCGAAGACACCACGUCACAUCACACUACCAACUCAAGGAGGAGGAGAGUGGGAGCAAGGAGAACACAUCUGGAUUACUUUCCAAGAGAAACUCGCGCGUGACAGUGUGAUAUAAACCGCGAAACCGACGAGAGGUUUGGGCACCAGCUCCGUAGAUUGUGGAGAGAGAAAGAAAGCGAGAGAAAAGACCACCUUCGGGGUUUGAUACCUGAAGCCUCGUCUAACCGCGUUUUGCAGACCGGUGCUCCCACCGGCUGAGCUCCAUGUAUAAGAUGGAUUACUCCUACCUGAACUCCUAUGACUCCUGCAUGGCGGCCAUGGAAGCGUCGGCCUACGCGGACUUCAGCUCCUGCAGCCAGGCCAGCUCCUUCCAGUACAACCCCAUCCGGAGCGGGCCGUUCUCCAACCCGGGCUGCACCCCCCUCAGCACGGCCAGCUGCACCCUGGGGGCCCUGCGGGAGCACCAGCCGACGCCUUACUCCUCAGUCCCGUACAAGUUUUUCUCGGACCCUUCCGGCCUGAACGAGAAGCGGAAGCAGCGGCGCAUCCGGACCACCUUCACCAGCUCCCAGCUGAAGGAGCUGGAGCGGGUCUUCGCGGAGACGCACUACCCGGACAUCUACACCCGGGAGGAGCUGGCGCUCAAGAUAGACCUGACCGAGGCUCGGGUGCAGGUGUGGUUUCAGAACCGGCGCGCCAAAUUUCGGAAGCAGGAGCGCGCAGCCAACGCCAAAGCCAGCAGCGCCGCCGGAACCACGGGCAGCAACGCCAGCAACAGCUCCGGAGGGAAAAAGGGUGGGGAGAACCGAUCCUCGUCUGAUGACGACGAGUCCAAGGAGUCCACCUGCAGCCCCACGCCGGACAGCACGGCCUCGCUGCCCGGCUCGGCCAACGGGAACCUGGGGAGCCCGGCCAGCCUGAGCCCCAGCCCGGCGCCGGCCAACAGUGGCUACACCAACGCCUCCAGCUCUCCAGUUCUCCAGGGGCUGAAACCCCCCAGCUGGUCCAGCCUGGGCCCGUCCAACCCAGCGGUGGCCCAGCCUGCUGCCCAGACUCAGGAGAUCCUGAAGGCCUGGCAGCCAGCGGACAGUAUGACCGGGCCCUUUGCCGGAGUCCUGUCCUCCUUCCACAGAAAACCCAAUCCCGCUAUCAAGACAAAUUUGUUCUGAAGCACAGAGGGAGAAAACAACAGACCGGGGAGUGUUAGCUUUUGGGGAAAGAAUCAAGACUCACCCUUUAUCAGGCUGACUUCAACCAGGGAGUCAGCUGUGUAGCAAGGCUCCCCUAGAUCCUGUUUAAGGCUCAGAUGAUGAAAGAAAAAAGAAAAAUCACUGGUCUAGUAGCUCUCAAUCAACCCUAAAAUGUUAUGCAACUGUGCAUAUUGUAUCAACCGAGCCCUGCAGAGGACAGGGGCCGUUUCCUCCCUGCUCUGACUUUAUCCUCAGCCUGCUUUAUUCACACAGUUUGAUUAGAAUUCUCAGACAAAACUUGAAGACUUUCUCUAUUCGGUUUGUUACAGGCCCUCAAACUGUUGACUGAACAGAAGUGA